AUGCCGCCUCUGUUCCGACACUUCGUGAGGCCCCUUCUGGUUCUUCUGGAGGACACCUCCCUGCUGCUCCUCACUCUUUCCUUCACCCUGGAGGAGCAGGAAAAAAAGAAGGGAAGGAGGCUGAAAAAGUCCGGAGAGCGGAGCGCAGAGAGCCGCUGGCGGAGGGAGAAAAGGUGUUACAGCUGCAGUCUAGCGGGCUGCAGGCUGAUGAAUGAGCCCACUGUUGGAGCUGCUUCUCGGGUUGCAGGACAUGACCGAGGGCUGGAUGUGCUGACAGGCCUCGGCUUCUUCUUCUUCAUCUUCUCCUCAUCUUCCUCCUCUAAUUGCCUCCGUGUGUUUGUUGCAGUGCUGCUCGACUCCUCCUCCUCGCUGCUCCUCUCGCUGCUAUUGGCUCAGCUGCCCGUGUUCACGUCCGCGUCCCCGGUGCCGGCGCGCAGGCCCAGUGACCUGGACAAACUGUCCAAUCAGACCAAGAACCUGAUGAAGCUGACACAGGAACUGCUGAGGGAGCAUGCCUUCGACUCGGACGUGGAGCCCCACAGGUUCAGGUCCCUGCCAGAAAUGAGCAACAGAUCGGCCAGCGACCUCCAGAAUCUUGAGCUGAAGCCCACGCUGUCUCAGCUGCACGCCGACCUCAAGCUCUACGAGCACCACUUCGAGUGGCUCAACAAGGUCUCCAAGAAGCACCACCACCCCGCGGUGCCCAAACUGGUGGAGAUGAUCCGAGAGAUGAAGUCUCUCAUCACUCUGCUGCACCGUCAGAUGCUGAGGGUGGAGGCCCCCCGGCUGACCCCGGCCACCCCGUCCUUGCCUCCCCACCUCCCCUACCAGUUCGACGUCCUGCAGUCGAGCCACGAGCUGCUGCAGCACUUCAAGCUGUUCUGCGACUGGGCCUACAGAGCCUUCAUGAGCCUCAAGCCCAAAGCCACCGCCGUGCAAUGAUGGUCCGGAGCCGAGGCUGCAGAAGCGGUGAGCAGAAACUGGAGCACGACGGCGAGCACUGAGGCCAGCAGCGUCCUUCGGAGGAAAUCCACCAGAGCCGACGAGGACGCAGAAAAACGCAGCCAGCUUUCAUCCAUCACCACCCCUAACUCCCCCUAAAGGCCUUGUUCAUGUUAUUUAUGUAUUUAUUUAUUUAUUGACUCUUAGUAAUUUAUUUAAUUUUAUUUAUUUGAAGUCGUAACGUGUCACGCUCCUCCUUAUUUCUGUGCUAACGUGAAUUUUAACGCUCUCAUCUUUCUUCUUCUUCCUGUGUCUCACUGAAAGGUAAAACUCGGUAGCACUUCAUGAACCUGCAGCUCUGAUACUUUAAACUGAUUUUACUUCAGCCGAUAAUUCCUCCAGUACAGGGGGUCCUCAACUUACGUCAGAGUUACGGUCCUACGGAUGUAAGUCGAUUUUCUUCACAAGUCGAAACUCUGGCGAAAAUGUAAACAAAGCCGUUACGUGCAUCACGAUAUCGAUCAGUUCUUUAGAAAAGUCAUGUUCUGAGUAUUUUAUUCUAUCUAAUCUCACUUCCGUGGAGACGGCUUUCCUUUUCUUCAAAGCAUCAGAAGAGUCUGACUUACGUUUGGGAGCCAUAAUGAAGGGCAAAAAGUUAGCGAAUGUAGCACAAUCCAAGGUGGCGUACAACUGGAGAAUGGAAACAAAGCCAUCUUAUAGCGUCGUGUGACGACGUAUUCGUCUGCUCCGAUUCCCAACUAGUUCCACAUAACCAGUUCUGACGUAACAAUGAAACACCGUAAAUCGAGGACGUCAUAGUCUAAGGAUUCCUUGUAGAUGUAGCAAACAUUGGUGCUCUGAAACAUUUUAAACGGGCAAGUCAAUGGUUUUUCCCUAUCCAGCUAAAGUUGUGGUAACAUUGACUUACGCUUAGGAGCCAUAAUGAAGGGCAAAAAGUUCACGAAUGUAGCACAAUCCAAGGUGGUGUACAACCAGAGAAUGGAAACAAAGCUGCCCUAUAGCGCCACGUGAUGAUGUAUUCAUCCGUUCUGCAUGCCAACUAGUUCCACGUAACCAGUUCUGACGUAACGAUGAAAUGCCAUACGUCAUAAACGGAGGACCCACUCUUAACCAGCUCUGUAUUGACGAAACGCUAUAGGUUGAGGACUUCGUAAACCGAGGACCCACCCGUAGCCAGUUCCAACAUAGUGACGUAACACCAUAGGUCGAGGACGUCGUAAACUGAGGACCCCCUGUAGAUGUAGCAAACAUUAGAAGCAGCCAUGGUUUCGCUCUCGGUGCCCUCAAACAUUAAAAAAACGGACGAGUCGAUGGUUUUUACCUUUCCGUCUAACGUUGUGGUAAAGUUUAUGAAUGUGUUUCUGAGCACUGAUGGUCCUGAUUAGAUUCUUUGCACAAACCUGUUGGGAUUUUAGCCUCUUGGACGAGUGAGACGGCUGAUUUUUGAACUUUGGGCGAGAAAAGUUUUUGAGUUUAAACACCCAAAGCCUUAAAAUACUAUGUAUUGUGACACUAUGUUCUGUACAGCUGUACAUAAAUGUACAAGAAUGUAAAUGGUUGUAUACAGUGCUUUUGUGUAUUAUGUUGUUUUCUACAAUAUAAUAAUAGAUUUCUUUACCUAUUUUAUCACUAUCGUUUUUGUCCAUUCCUAUUCUAGUAUUUGUUACAGUAUUGACUAUUUAUUUAAGUUACUUGGUGGAACUAUUUAUUUUGUGCUGCAGUGGAGCAAGCCUCCCGUCUUUUUGUACUUUUAUACAGUUUUUAUUCUUAUUCUCUAUUAUUAUUAUUAUAAUACCAUCACGUUUAAAUUAUUCUUGUACCAUCAAGAUGCCUCUUCCACACACUGAUUGGCCUCAAUGUGAAAUAUGUGCCUUGGUGAAAUAAAUGCUAAAG